AUGUUUGGUUGUAUUGUAGCGGGAAGAUUGAUUCAAACUAACCUUCAACAAGUCGACGUCAAUAAAUAUAUCUUUGAAAUUCCAGAAGCUAUAACUAUAAAUCAUAUAGUAGUUUUUUUGCUUGGUACAAUUCCUUUUGAACCGGGUUAUGCGGCUUCAGUACAUUUUCUGUGGCCUGGAGGAGAACAAGGGUGGAAAUUGUUAGGAAUGCUUUCCAACGAAAAACCUAGUGCGAUUUUCCGACUUCGUGGAAAUGUAAUUCCUGGAACAAUUUCAAAUAUUUCAAAUACUUCAAAUACUUUGAAUUCAUUUUCAUCAAAGUUAUUAAAUUAUAAUGGUGAUGAAAUGUCUAUGGAUGUUGGAUCUACACCGUCUACAUCUACUUCUGUGACGGCAACAUUGGGAAUUUCCAUUGAACCAAUUUCAGUGGUUGAAUCUCAAAUGUCGAUGCUUUCUAAUCAAAAUGCAACUAUGUCACAAUUUAGUGGUGUUAAUCCAGAAACCAUUGCAUUUAAUAUACUUAAAAAUCUUUAUAAUUAUGUAACAUCAUUCGCACAGGCCACAACUCCAUUUGGAUCACAUGUCAUUGGGUCAGGUAAUUCAUUUAUAUCUGUAAAAGUUUUCCAGGACUGGUAUGAUUUAUUUUCGCGUAAAAUCAAAAUGGAUCCAAAUAUAGUUCUGAAGAGAGAUUAA